CGGGCGCCGAUGUGGUGCUUACUGACUGCGGUUUUGAUCGCUCUCCCUUGUUCCCUCGGCUGGGUGUUGGCGUCGCACCAUGGCGCCCAAGGGCAAAGUGGGCACAAGAGGGAAGAAACAGAUCUUUGAAGAAAACAAAGAGACUCUGAAGUUCUACCUGCGGAUUAUCUUAGGAGCCAAUGCUAUUUACUGUCUGGUAACCUUGGUCUUCUUUUACUCAUCUGCUUCAUUUUGGGCCUGGAUGGUCCUGGGCUUUAGUCUGGCAGUCUAUGGGGCCAGCUACCACUCCAUGAGCUCAAUGGCACGGGCAGCCUUCUCUGAGGAUGGGGCCCUUGUGGAUGGUGGCAUGGACCUCAACAUGGAGCAGGGCAUGGCAGAGCAUCUGAAGGAUGUGAUCCUACUGACCGCCAUCGUGCAGGUGCUCAGCUGCUUUUCCCUCUACAUCUGGUCCUUCUGGCUUCUGGCUCCAGGCCGAGCCCUUUACCUCCUGUGGGUGAACGUGCUAGGCCCCUGGUUCACAGCAGACAGUGGCACCCCGGCCCCAGAGCACAACGAGAAACGGCAGCGCCGACAGGAGCGGCGGCAGAUGAAGCGGCUAUAGCCAUUGGCCUUGUGGCAAGAGGCUGCUGGACCUUGGGCAGCUCGAUCAGGCAGCAUGGCCUCAUGCCAAGAGCAGUGAGGGCCGUGCCCAGAGGCCAGGCGUCCUCAGAGGCACAGGAUUGUUGAAUAAAUGGCUUCAAGGUGA